AUGCUGCCAACGUCGCCCCAGUUCCGCGCGCGUUCCCUGCGGACAGACGCGUAUGACGAAGGUGACGACGAGCAGAAUGCGUUCCUCGGUGAGCAGAAUGAGGCCAUUGACUCCUACGAGCGGGCCAAGCGCCAGUCGCGCCGAUGGCCGCCGUGGAGGUGGUUCCGCUGGCAGGCCAAGCCGAUGGUGGCGAACCGUGUGAUCACCUUGGAGGAGCCUGACCAUGCGCAAUCACGAUAUCCACCUAACGUGGUCCGCAACCAGAAAUACAAUUUGGCCACGUUCUUGCCGCUUGUCCUGUACGAGCAGUUCAAGUUCUUCUUCAACCUCUACUUCCUCCUUGUGGCUCUCAGCCAGUUUAUCCCUGCUCUCAAGAUCGGGUUCCUUGUGACAUACAUUGCGCCGCUCUCCUUUGUGCUGUGUGUGACGAUCGGCAAGGAGGCCUUCGACGAUCUCGAGCGCCACCGCCGGGAUGUGGAGAGCAACAGCAUGCCCUACGCGGUGCUCGGCCAUGCAGAAUCGCCGUUGAUGCGCCAGCGCCUCUCGCAUCAUCGGGCUACGGUGCCUGACUUGGAGACGCCCGCGAUGAACGAUACCGUCGUGGCGCAUGUGCCGAGCAGCCGGCUGCGUGUAGGCGAUCUCGUCAUGCUGCACAAGAACCAACGUGUGCCAGCGGAUAUGGUAUUGCUCAAGACGUAUGCUGCUGAUGCUGCUGACGAGACCAACGAUGCGGGAUCGUCAUCACAGUCUGAGUCGGGUACAUGCUUCAUCCGUACCGACCAGCUCGACGGUGAGACGGACUGGAAGCUGCGGAUUGCUGUGCCAGUGACACAGAGCAUGGCCGAGGAUGACAUUACCGCGCUUCGUUCGCGUGCUGUGGUCGUCGCUGGACCGCCCUCAAAGGACCUGCACACGUUUGUCGGCACACUGACCAUCCACCCACCGCCCGAUUCCCCCGUCGAGUGGCCUGACGGCACAGGCAAUCGCCCCAUGGCCCUCUCGCCGCAACCCCAAGUCACGCCACUGACGACGGACCAUGUGCUAUGGGCCAACACCGUCCUCGCAGCAGGCCGUGCGAUCGGUAUGGUCGUGUACACGGGUCGCGAGACGCGCUCCGUGAUGAAUACGUCGCAUCCACAGACCAAAGUUGGACUGCUCGAUAUGGAGAUCAACCGGCUCUCAAAGAUUCUCUGUGCUGUGACACUGACACUCUCCGUUGUCCUGGUCGCCUUGAACGGGUUCCGUGGCAAAUGGUGGAUCUACGUGUUCCGUUUCCUGAUUCUCUUUAGCUCGAUCAUCCCGAUCAGUCUGCGUGUGAACCUCGAUAUGGGCAAGACCGUGUAUGCGCGCCAGAUUAUGGGCGAUCAUGAUAUCCCCGACACGAUUGUGCGUACGUCUACCCUGCCGGAAGAACUCGGUCGUAUCGAGUAUCUGCUGAGCGACAAGACAGGCACACUCACGCAGAACGAGAUGGACGUAAAGCGACUUCAUCUCGGCACCAUGAGCUACGGAUGGGAUAGUAUGGAUGAGGUACGUUCGCAGCUCCAGGUGGCGCUGGGCAACAAGGAUACCAAGCGCACACGUACGUGGCGUGAUAUGAGUGCACGUAUCUACGACGUGGUCUUGGCAUUGGCGCUGUGUCAUAACGUCACCCCUGUGGUCAACGAAGACGACAGCGUCACGUACCAGGCCUCGAGUCCCGACGAAGUCGCUCUGUUGGAGUGGACUGGCUCUGUGGGCUUGCAGCUCGUUGCGCGUGAUCAGCACUCAAUUACGCUCGAAUCCGAGUUUGGUCGUAUGGCCUUUGACAUUCUUGAGAUCUUCCCAUUUACGUCGGAGCGCAAGCGAAUGGGUAUCGUAGUGCGAGACCGUGCUUCAGGCGACGUGAUUUUCUACCUGAAGGGCGCUGAUGUCGUCAUGAGCCGUAUUGUCACACACAACGACUGGCUCGAUGAGGAGUGUGGCAACAUGGCUCGUGAAGGUCUGCGUACGCUUGUGGUGGCGCGUCUGCGCCUAAGUGCCGAGUCAUGGCGCCUCUUUGAUAAGGCAUACAGCGCAGCGAAGGUCCAGGUCGAACAGCGUGACGAAGCAAUGUCAAGGGUUGUAGCACAGCACCUGGAGCAGAAUAUGGAAUUACUCGGCCUCACAGGUGUCGAAGAUAAGCUGCAAGAAGGUGUCAAGACCACUCUGGAACUCUUGCGCAAUGCGAAUAUCAAGAUCUGGAUGCUGACAGGUGACAAGAUCGAGACGGCGACGUGUAUUGCGAUAUCGACUAAGCUGGUGGCUCGGAAUCAAUACAUCCACCAGGUGGCUAAAGUGAGCACGAUCACUGCGGCGCGUGAUACCCUUGUGUUUCUCCAAUCGAAGCUUGACUGCUGCUUGGUUAUCGACGGCGAUUCGCUCCAGUUCUUCUUUGACCACUUCCGAACGGAAUUCAUCGAAGUGGCUACACAGCUCUCUGUCGUGGUCGCAUGCCGUUGCUCGCCGACGCAGAAGGCGGACGUCACUCGCUUGAUUCGCGAGUACACCAAUAAGCGUGUAUGCUGUAUUGGCGACGGUGGUAACGAUGUAUCGAUGAUCCAAGCGGCGAAUGUGGGUAUUGGCAUUGUAGGCAAGGAGGGUAAGCAGGCCUCCCUGGCCGCCGACUUCUCUGUGACGCAGUUCAGCCACAUCGCCAAGCUGCUUCUAUGGCAUGGCCGCAACUCCUAUCAGCGGAGUGCGAAGCUCGCUCAGUUUGUGAUUCACCGUGGUCUGAUCAUCUCUAUCAUCCAAGCGGUGUUUUCCUCCAUCUUCUUCUUUGCACCUAUCGCGCUGUACCAAGGCUGGCUGAUGGUUGGCUAUGCUACCCUAUUCACGAUGGCUCCUGUAUUCAGUUUGGUCCUCGACCGGGAUGUCAGUGAGGAUAUGGCCAUGCUCUACCCUGAGCUCUACAAGGAUCUUACAAAGGGACGCAGUUUGAGCGGCAAGACCUUCACGAUCUGGCUUAUGAUCAGUGUAUACCAGGGUGGUGCGAUCAUGAUAGCCAGUUUGCUGCUGUUCGAAAACGAAUUCCUGAACAUCGUAGGCAUUUCCUUCACUGCGCUGAUUCUCAAUGAGCUCAUUAUGGUGGCACUGGAAAUUACGACGUGGCAUAUUUACAUGUUCCUCUCGGAGAUCGUGACGCUGAUGAUUUACUGCUUCAGCAUGGUCCUUCUUCCUGAGUACUUCGAUCUGAAGUUCGUGCUGACGUACAAUUUCCUCUGGAAGACGGCCAUCAUCGUGCUUGUGAGCAGUUUUCCACUUUACCUAAUCAAGGCUGUUCAUGCACGCGUGGCGCCUCCUAGUUAUAGCAAACUUGUCGUGACAUAG